AUGACCCGUGCAAUCAAAACCAAUCAGGACCUUCUUCCUGAGACACCCUGGACCAACAUCUUCUACGACGACUUCUGCACGCUCCUGACACAUAGCGGUAGUCACAAGUCUUACCGGCCACUCUGCACACUCUCCUUCCGCCUGAACUUUGCGCUGGGUGGCCUGGAGCCCUGGGGCUUCCAUCUGGUGAACGUGGGGCUGCACUGCCUCACUGCUGCACUCUUCUCCCACCUGGCGGGGGCGCUGCUGGGCCGAGGCUGCUGGCAGCUGCUGGCCGGCCUGCUCUUUGCCACCCACCCCGUGCACACGGAGGCGGUGGCAGGUGUGGUGGGGCGGGCAGACGUGGGUGCUGCCCUCUUCUUCCUCCUGGCACUGUUGUGCUAUGCAGGGCACUGUGCCCGGCGGUCGGAGGGUGCCCGCGCCUCAGGCUGGGCGUGGCUCCUGGCCUGCCUGGCCUGCUCUGUGUGUAGCAUGCUGUGGAAGGAGCAGGGCAUCACUGUGCUCGCCGUGGCUGCCGUCUACGACCUGUUCGUCUUCCACAGGAUGAAGUUACAGCAUAUCCCAGGAAUCUUCUAUAAGAGGAAGAAUGUGUGUCUGCUGAUGAGCACAUUUCUGUUGGGCUCAUGGGGGGUCUUUCUCUUGGCCUUUCGCCUCUACUGGAUGGGCAACAAACCACCAAAUUUCUCCAACUCUGACAACCCUGCAGCUGAUUGCUCCAGCGUCCUCACCCGGUUACUAACCUUCUUUUACCUGCCUGCCCUGAAUAUGUGGCUCCUCCUCUUCCCAGAUAUGUUAAGCUUUGAUUGGUCAAUGGAUGCUCUGCCUCUUCUCAGAAGCAUCAGUGAUUGGAGAAAUCUCCACACUGUGGCCUUCUACACUGGGCUGAUGGCACUCGCAUGGUUUGGACUAUGCAGUCACCCAAACAAGGAAGAGACCGAUGGCAAGGCCCGUCAUGCAGCAAAUGGAAAACCCAGUACAAAUGGGCACAUUGUUGACACUGGCUACGAUCCCUUCAUUCCAGACUGGGACUAUGUGCAGAUGAAUGGAAAUGGUACCCAAACACAUCGUUUAACUAGGACUGUUUUGCCCACAACUGAGAAUGUUGUGGUCUUCUCAUUAGGAUUACUGACCAUCCCUUUCCUCCCCGCCACCAACCUGUUCUUCUACGUGGGUUUCGUGGUGGCCGAGAGGGUCCUCUACAUCCCCAGCAUGGGUUUCUGCCUGCUGGUGGCGGUGGGGACGAGAGCCCUGUGGGUGCGGCUCAAGAGCAGCUCAUCCAGGAGGCUGGUGCUAGCCUGCAGUGCUUCACUCGUGCUCCUCUUUGGGGUGAAGACAGUUCUAAGGAACCAGGACUGGCACAAUGAAGAGGUGCUGUAUAGGUCAGGGAUAACUGUGAACCCUGCCAAAGCCUGGGGAAAUCUUGGGAAUGUGUUGAAGACAGGGAAGAUGGCAGAGGCUGAGAGGGCGUACAGGAAUGCUCUGUACUACCGGAGGAAUAUGGCUGACAUGUUGUAUAACCUGGGUCUGUUGCUCCAGGAAAACAGGAAGUUCUCAGAGGCUCUGCACUACUACAAGCUGGCCAUCGGCAGCAGGCCAACACUUGCUUCUGCCUACUUGAACACAGGUAUCAUCCUGAUGAACCAGGGCCAUCUGGAAGAGGCCAAGCGCACCUUCCUCACUUGUGCAGACAUCCCCGAUGAGAACCUGAAGGAUCCGCAUGCACAUAAGAGCUCUGUCACCAGCUGCCUGUAUAACCUGGGAAAACUCCUGCAUGAGCAAGGUCACCAGGAGGAGGCCCUGUCUGUAUACAAAGAAGCAAUUCAGAAAAUGCCAAGGCAGUUUGCUCCUCAGAGCCUCUACAACAUGAUGGGAGAGUCAUACAUGAGGCUGAACAAGCUCUCGGAGGCUGGGCACUGGUACAGGGAGUCACUCCGGGUCAAACCUGACCACAUCCCAGCCCACCUCACCUAUGGCAAGCUGCUGGCCAUGACGGGCCAGAAAGCAGAAGCAGAGAGGUACUUUCGGGAGGCCAUCCAGCUUGAUCCCACUAAAGGAAACUGCUACAUGCAUUAUGGUCAGUUUUUGUUGGAGGAGUCGAGGCUUUUGGAAGCUGCAGAGAUGGCAGAGACAGCAGCUCAGUUGGACAGUGAGGAGUUUGAUGUGGUUUUCAGUGCGGCUCACAUGCUCAGACAAGCUAGCCUCAAUGACGCGGCUGAGCAGUACUACAAGCAAGCAGCUACCCUGAGACCUAAUUACCCUGCAGCCCUGAUGAACCUCGGGGCUAUCCUUCAUCUCAAUGGCAAACUACAGGAGGCUGAAUCUAAUUACCUAAAAGCUCUGCAAUUGAAACCUGAUGACACCAUCACCCAGUCCAACCUGCGCAAGCUGUGGAACAUCAGAAAGCAGGGCCUGAGGACACUGUCCCCAUGACUCAAACACUAAUGGACUGAGCAUAGCAUAAAAAAGGAUGAUCCUGCUUAGAUGAUCCAUAGCAAGUCACCAAGAGUUAGACGUGUCCAUAUUUAGUUUUUGGGACUUUUAUCCUCACGAGUGUUAUCCCAUUUGGUAUAUUUGAGAACAUCAAGAACCUGUGUGGGACCCAGCUUUCUCUGUGGGAGUGCUUAACUUGAAGUGGGCCAUUGGUAGAUACUUGAAGUCUCUUGAUUCUUUAAAUACUAGUUAGUUAAUUGAUGGUUAUUGGUAUUUGUAGGGCAAUAUUUGCCCUGAAGAAUGCAAAACUAGGCAAGA